ACAAUAGAAGAAUUUGUAUGUCCAGUACGUUUAGUGAAAACCCGCACCAACAACACCAAAAGGAUGCGGCUCUGUAUGGUUUUAGGUGCUUUCAUUGUCAUAACCUUAAUCAACGCUUCUUUCUCGGCGAAGGAAAGCAAAUAUGUGCAUUCCGUUGGAGGGUUUCCGAUGCGUCAUAAAAUCGAGAAAAAUGUGUUUAUCAAAAUCCCCAUCAGGAGAGCUAGCAAAAAUCAUGGCAGCAACAUCGGAAAUUAUCCACUAACUGAAAGAAGCAAUAAAACGGAAGAGAAAAAUCUUCGCCCGAGUAAGGGCAUUAACAGUGUACAAACAUCAGGUGCUGCCCCGUUAUUACCUGAUCGUCCAGUACUCACAAUAAAAAUCUAUGAACCAGGCCAUCUAAACAAAGAGAUAGAUAUAAAGAGGAUAUGUGGAUACGGGGGGAAAUACUUAAAGCUGCUCAUUCUGAUCACCUCAGCACAUUCCCACUUUACGGCGAGAAUGUCCAUCAGACAUACCUGGAUGAACUAUGGAAGAAGGCGAGAUGUAGGCAUAGCCUUUGUGCUUGGGCGUACCACAAAUGCGUCCCUGUACGAGUCUCUCAACAAGGAGAACUAUAUUUAUGGCGAUAUGAUACGAGGACAAUUCAUAGACUCUUACACCAAUCUCACUCUGAAGACGAUAUCUUUGCUAGAAUGGACAGAUACGCACUGUCCUCGUGUAAAAUACAUCCUUAAGACAGAUGACGAUACGUUCAUAAAUGUUCCUAAGCUGCUCGACUUCAUAGACGGACAUAAGGAUAAUCGAACGAUAUAUGGGCACAUAAUUGAGAAUGCAAAGCCAUACCGACAAAGGGCGUACAAAUCUUUUGUACCAUAUCACCAAUAUGGGGGCUCUGUUUAUCCACCAUUUGCUACUGGAACUGCCUACCUUCUUACUGGAGACAUUGUACAUGAGCUAUAUGUUCACUCGCUCAAAACGAAUUAUAUUCAACUGGAAGAUAUCUUCACGGCCGUUUUGGUCCAGAGCUUGAAGAUUAAAAUUGUGAAUGCCGGCAGCUUUUACAACACGCGCAUCCCGUUCCUGCCGUGCAGAAUCCGCAACGUGAUCAGCGUUCAUGAUAUCAAGGAAAACGAAAUAUACGAUAUUUGGAGAAAGCAGAUGGACUCCACUGUCAAGUGCAAUUAAUUAAUUAAAAUUAAUUAUUUGAAAUUAAACACCCUCAGAUUCAAGAUGGAAUUCUAAAAAAAAUAGAAUAUGUAUCUGUUAAA